AUGAUCUCGAUGAUCUUCAACUUCUUCGUCGUUCUUUUAUCAGUCACCAGCUCUCUUGGUGCUCCCCUCUCACCCAAUCGAAACCAUCUUGAACGUCGAUUCAGCGGCCAAGCGACUUGGUUUAAUCCUGCCCUCGGCGCUUGUGGCGAGACCAAUUCAGAGAGUGACAUGAUUGUUGCUAUGAAUCAAGCUCAAUACGCCGGAGGCUCGCCUUGUCAGAAGACCGUCUCGAUCAAAAACGAGGCCACUGGAAAAACGGUGUCUGCCAAGGUGACCGACGAAUGUCCUGGCUGCGGGUUCGGCUCUCUGGAUGUUUCCCCUUCUGUGUUCCAGGCGAUAGGUAGCCUUGACCAGGGCGUCUUGCCGAUUUCGUGGCAAUUCGCCUGA